AUGGCGCCCAGCUUACAGGAGCUGAUCGCUUUUUUGCUGAAUGAGGUUGCGCUAUGCGGUAAUCAAGGUGCAACUUUGCAGGAUGUUUUGAAGAGUAUUGAGGUUUUCUAUCUCAAUUCACCUCAAAAUGAUUCUGGGCGAAGUCAGCUUGUGGAUCGUCACUUCAAAACAAAGAUUUGGUCAUGGCUGACUCGAAAUCCCGAGGUAUCGGUGGGGAUAGAUAAUGAAUGGAAUCAUCUCAGCUUGGAUGAAUUUGAAAAGCUUGAGCAAUCCGCCUGCAACCCCCAAGAAGAAGCCACCGAGGGAAACGAGGAAACCGAGAACGACCGAGAAGGCUCUGAGUCAUCUACUGCCCCAGAGUUCCGGAUUUUCGUCUCUAAAGAGAGGACCUGGUAUGCAGUGGCUGGUCAUGAACCUGAUGAGACCAAGCUUCCCGCGUCAGAGUUUAUGCUACUAUCUAUCAUCGCCAAUCGGAAGUCAAAUGGCAUUCCACAGACCGAGUUGAUCCAAAUCAGCGGUCAAGAUAAACGAUCCGUGCCUAAAAGAACCGACGCUUUGGUCGCCAAAGGAUACAUCGAGAAGCGAGCUAUUCAAUUUAGGGCAGCACGUACAAGUUUGUGUACUCUUCGUCGAUUCCUGAAUGCCCCGACCGCUCAGCCUAGUGGUGAAAAAGAAGCCGAAGCAAAGCCCCUAAUCGAAUUCGAUGAUUUUGUGAAGCAACUGUUUGCGGCUCUCAGGGAGAAUGAUGGCACUAUCAGUCGGAACGACCUGAAGAGAGAAUUAGGUUUUGAAGAUCUUUGGAGAUCGAGAAUUCUCUCCCGAACCGUUCGCAAGUAUGAAAAAAUUGGCGUUCUCAAACGAGUGAGAGUGAAGUCGCAGUACAACAUGAUGCACCCAUGCAUCAUGCUUUUACGGGAACCUACAAAGUCGGACACUGCAAAGUUUUUUGAAUUCACUCAACAUGGUUUCACGGGAGAUGAAGAGGACCCAGCAGAUGCAGAUGAAGAAUUGGACGUGGAGGCAGAUUCUUCAAAGCAAAAUAUUGCGGAUCAAGAAGAUGGCGUCAAUAGCAAGGAUGAACGCGUCGUCGAUUCUGGACGCACUAUACCGGCCUGGACACCCGAUCGUGUUUUGUGUAACCAACUUUUCGAUAUCAUUGACAAAGCAGGCACGUCUGGAAUCACCAAUGAAUUUAUUAAUCGGAGUUGUUUUGGUCAAUUCUACAAGCGACCGUCAGAAAACAUGGUCCAUCGUCUGACAGACUGUUGGCAGAUCUCUCAGCCUCCACAUCUUCGGCACCUGGCCAUUGUCAGAGAUUCCGAUGUGCACAAGACCACUAUUCAUUAUGUUCAUUAUUCAGCGAGAAACUUUGCGAAGAAGGUUGCUGAGGGCACCGCAUUCUGGGAGGCUGUCGAAUUUACAGGGAAGAAGGGUAAAUCAUCAAAGACUGUGCUUCCUCCUGUCCAUGCCCCUGCGCAACUCGACGAAUAUGGACUCCCUCAGAACAACAUACCCGUGGGAAUGAUGAAGAAUGGGAAUGUCACUCUACUUCAGGGUCUUGCAAGCUGCAAACCAGCCGACUACAGUCUUACUCGCAAGGAUCCUAUGGGUGUAACACAAGCUGAUGGUUCAUAUCGAGUCCAAGCCGGAAACACCAUCACUCUUGAGGGUUUCAAUCAAUCUGGCAUCUUGCUUAAUAACAGAAAGGGCCGUCCUAGGACUAGCACUGGCCGACCUACUCCGAAGAGGAUAAAGAGAGAGUCAUCUAUUGUUCCAGAAUCCGAGAACGUUGACAUCGUUCUGGAAGACGAUCCCCCAAUGCCCCUACACUGGAAAAAAGCCCGAACCCCGAAGAAGCAAAAAAAGUAUCAAGGCAUGUCCAAGAAAGAGCGAUUCGAAGCAAUGGGCUGGGACGCGUCAUGGACUGAAUACAGCGCUCUUGUCAUGGAAAAACCAACACCUGGAGUUUAUGUCACGAGUCAUGGAAAGCGUCGACCUGCAGGAAAGAAGCAGGGUCGUCCAAAGGCGAGCCGGAUUGCUAUUUUUAAGUCACCAAAAUUAUCCUCCUUGUCUUGGUUCACCAAGGACGAGAACGAUUCAGACCACGGGGAGGAGGCCGAGGGAGAGGAGAUGACCCCGGCAGUUGCUGCCACACCCAGGCUAGUGACUGAAGAACCCAUCUCCCGUCAGCCAAGUGAAGCAGUUGAGUCUACCCCAACCCAGUCGAGGAGUAGCAAACGGGGUCUCCUGGCUGCCGAUGUUCUUGAGUCGCCAAAUCCAUCGAAACGUGCUGCCACGCCCAACGGCGCCAAAGAAAGACCCAAGAAGCAGGCUCGUAUCCGUGGGCCUCAGAAGGAGAGUCGGACCGAUCAGGUUUCGAAGUCUCCAGAGCCCAGCAAUAAUGGAGAGGCUGCAAUCGAUUUGACCCCGGUAGAUGUCAAUGUGACUGGACCGUCUAAAAGCGGAAAUCCUCAAGACCCAAUUCCAAGCAACCACAUUGAAUCCGCAGACCAAGGAAAUGCCGGAGACAAUACCAUGGGGCCUCCUUCUACAUUGGUCACACCCAAACCACAGGCCUCCACCGUGUACCUCAUUCCCAGCACGCCAAUGGAGUUCAAUAAGAAUGAGAUUCCCAAGGAACAUGGCUCAUCUAACAGGGGAGGAUCUAUACCGUUCUUGCGAAGAAAAAUUAUUAUGGAUAUUGUUGAAAAGGCCGGUGGAGCAUACCCUGGCGGUGGUGAGCUUUGGUAUCCAUUCACUACUGCAUGGAUGAGGAUGAACCACAAAGAAAAACCAGACAUGCGGACUCUGAAGAGAGCUGUUAAAUACUUGGUUGAUGCUGGUACACUUCAACAGAUGACAUUCAGUGGCAAAGACUGCAAAGGAGCGAUGGUCACAAAAACAAUCCUGAGAAAACCAGAGAUGCUACCCGAUGAUCCUCUGAUCAAGGAUUUGCAGGUCCAACUGCUGGCUCGUGACCGCGACCCUAAAAAUUCCUUCUCACCUCACAUCGAAACAAAUCACAAUAUUUCGCGGAACAGUGGUCCUUUAGUUCCCGCUGCUGUGAGCGGCCAAAAGCCCCGUCCGUUUUCGUUGCCUACCGUGUCCGAUGCAAUUGUUCAUCUCCGUUCGAAGCCUGCUUCUGUUCUAAUCCAGGAGAAGAAGCGAGGCUUAGCACUCCAGAGAAAGCUCAUGAAAAGGAUGCUCUUGGAUGACGGAUCUGAAACUGACUCCGAAGAUGACCUCGAUUUCUACGAAGAAAACUUGGAUCUCAGAUUCAGAGUUCAACGACUCGCUCAAUUGGAGCCAGGUUCUGGAGAUCAAGGGACAUCAAUCUACCGCCCAUGGGUAGGCAAUGGAAUGGCACCGAAGAUGUCUAGAUUCAAAGUCAAGAAGUCGAUUGGAAGGCGGAAACGACGGGGUCGCCCUCUGGGACGAAGAAACCUGAAUGGCAUAGAAGCAAUGAGGAUGCUGAUGAAUCCAGGGCAGAUCUUCCAUAGCUCGACAAACACUUUCGCCACAGGAUCUAUCAAGCGCAGAUGGGGAGCAGGAAAGUACAAGACAUGGGCAGAGACCCGGCCCAGUAAGGUUUACAAAUUCAUUGACGCUGCCCAAGAGCUCGUCAGUCUGGCCCAAUCUGGCGAUCCAGCGGCGGAAGCCAACAUGACGGAGGCCGAAAAAUUCAUGUCGAGAAUUGACAAGAUCAUGAUAUGGGAGCUUGAAAAUGACGGAAUGAUCGAUUCAAAACUUGAUGAUCAUCUUUUCAUCAUGCACGAGGUCGGCAACGGCUUCACCCCUGGUGAAUUGCAACUUCCCGUUCGAUUCCAUGUCGAAAAAUCUUUACGAACUACGGGAUCCCGCAAGGCACGCAUGCUAACCCGAGCAUUGCUUGGCCGUCAACGUCAUCGCAAAAGCAAACCUGAUACUGCUCGGGCAAAUAAAAUCAAAAAGGUGGAGGCACGUCAGCCUCCGCGUCGCCGGACGACGUUCAAACCACUUCCUGAGGGGGUGGUACGAAGAUACAUGGUUGCUAUCACUGCAAUUCGAACGCUGGCUGGUGGGUUUGAAGGAAAAGUCGUCGAUUGGGACCUUGUGCCUCUUGCUUUUCCCAACAGCGAUCCGGAUACUGUCAAGCGCCACGGUAAAUCGAUCCUCGCUCGAAACCGAAUGGAAAUUCAUAAAAUGCAACGGGAUUUCCAGGAGCGAUAUCUCCAGGCCUACGAGAAAGAACAAGUGCCCCCAAUUGACUACGACAACCUGUCAGAAUACAAUUGGCCAGCCGUGGUCGAGUGGGCUAGCAUUGAGCUUGAUUUCUCUACAUCCGAAAAGGCUCCCACUCUCCCUGCGACCCGCGAACAGUUUGACAGCAUGUUCGAUCUCCGUGAAGAGCCUUUCACCGUUCCCGAAGAAGUGCAUGUCACGAGUGGUGCUCUCACUGUUGCCAACAAAAAACGUCUCUUGGCUCGUGUUCCAUUUGUCGUCGAACAACCUCGCACCAUGGCCUCCAUCACCCCCAAGUAUAAUCUUGAGCAGCUGGAAAUCGCGAAGACAUGGGUUCGUGGCAAUGUCGCAACCCCAGAAGAACAAUACAAUACCCUCGCAGCCAACGAGACCCUGGCACCAAUCGGAGAAUCUCUUCUCGCCGCUGCCACGCAGUCUCUGAUGACUGAUCGCAUAAUCUCCAACGCACACCGCGGCCGUAUUGGCCCAGGCCGCAAUUACAUGCUCCACGACGUCUUCCUACAAGCAAUGGAACGCCGCCGCGCGAUCGACAUCGACCAACUAGCACGUGCGGCCGAAUUCAAGACCACGGUUCUUGACCCAGCGCUCAAGAACGAAGGAGCCUUCAAAAUCAACUACCACGCCGGCGACGGCGAUGCUCUCGCCGUAGACGAACUCUUUGCAUACAACCACGUCGAACUCGUUCCGCUCAAUCUGCCCCGCGAGAAAUUCGGUCUCAUCGACGGAGCAUACCUCACCCGUCAAAUGGACAAAAGUCGAUUACGUUUCGAAAUGGAGGUGCGCCCGCUCCCGGGCUACAUCUACGGGAACCCAAUCCGCGACAUUGUGAGCAGCAUCCCACCUCCACGACCACCUGCUUCAAGGCAUCUGCCGCUCUGGUUUGAUAUCCAUGGCCGCUUCUUGCCGGAUUGGUGGGGCAAGUCUAUUGCCUCCGUGGUGGGAUGUCUUAUCCUUCGGCCUGGUGUGUCAGCUGAGAGUAUCAUCAUGAUGGUGAAGCCUGGCUUGAUGAAGUGGGAGGUUGAACUCUUGCUAGAGGAAUGGUUGCUGAAGGUGGGCAUUGUGGAGAAGUCGGAGACUCCUGGUCGAUCUUGUUGGAGCCUGAAGGAGUGGUGGUGGAUGGCUUUGGGUGAUAUUGUCCAAGCCCCUCCAAUUGCGCAAGCAAUCGCGACGUAA